AUGCAGUUCUCACCUCCCCCCGACGUCGAUGCCCUCUCGACCAGAUUACCACCUUUGACGCACCAUGACGACGACAAGAUGCUCCCGUCCAUAAGCACAGUCACCGGCGUCUACCCUCUCUGCCGAGACCCCAUUCGAGAUGGACUCAACUUCGCUCCGCACCCUUCACAGCAACAAUGGCCUCCUCUGGCCGGCCCGCUAGCGUAUCGACAGCCUCCUCCAAUCAGUGCGCAUCGAAGCAACAGCCCGGCCACCAUGGAUCUUGAUGGUACAAACAGCGUGGCCAGUGUGCCUUCGCCAGGUCCUCUCAGCCCGAGGAAUAGUGUGACGCUCGACGACCCUGACGUGCGACUUGCUGCAGAAGCACUUGGCGACUUGCGAGCAGAUUUUAUUUCAUCGCCACCUGAUUCAUCGAGCCUGGCCAGCCCGAAAGUCAACGGGCAUCAACGAGCGCCCUCAUCGUCGUCGCAAUCAAGGUCCCCUCAUCCCGAACCGCUGCUGUCGCUUCUGACCACAGCUCAUCCUUUCGUGGCCAGCACCAUCGGGGGAGCAAGCUCUGCCUACGGUGGAGCAAAAAACUUUUCUCCGCGCUUCAAGUGUGGCGCAGAAUACGUCGAGGGCUACCUGACCCCUCUUGCAAAGACGGUCAACUCUGUGGGGCGCGUGACGGGCGUGGAAGGUGGUGUCCGGUGGUUUCUGGGCAACAGGCGGCAGAACAACUCUUCCGAUGCCAAUGGCCACUGUAAGAAGCGACGGAAAGUCGGAGAGGAGGACGAAGGCGCCAACAAGAAGACCAAGGAUACGGCGAAUGCUGAUGCGGGCAUGUCGCCACCGACACCGAGAAGCGACCGCAGGUCGUCUUCAGCAAGCACGGUAGACACCCUGCCAGCCUAUGACGAGAUGCGAUCGCCGGCUUACAGCGAGACUGCUCCGAAAUUCCAAGAGACUCCACGAUCCUCCGCCCCCAACGGAUCCUGGCCGUCUCGCCUGAUCAUGUCGACGUCCGGGCUAAGCGUGGCCAUGAGCGCCGAGAGUUUGAGGAGCUUGAAAUACUGCCUCAAGUGGCUGCGUUGGACAAACGACCACAUGAGCCAAGUCAUAGGCACCUUGAAAUCCACGCUGGAGGAAUACGAAAGGACGGCAGAGGCCCACCAGGAGAGCGCGGAUCAGACUGAACCGCAGCAAACAGGUCCAGGUUCCAGCGGCAAGCAAGGGCAGGUUGGCACACAUGCUGCGGAGCAGGCCCGUUCCGAGCUCACAGCCAAGAUUAACAUACUCAAGGUGGAUGUGCUCAAGACUCUUCAGGAGACGAUCAAUACCGUCUCCAAGUAUGCAGGAGGGGGGCUCCCCGAAAAUGCCCGCAUCCUUGUCCGUCGCCAUCUCACGAGUCUGCCACAGCGAUUCCGGAUGGCUAGCAUGACGGACGGCGCAAGCACCGGCGGCGACAGGGACAGCGACUGUUCCGUGCGAGAAGGUGCCCAGAAGGUCCUGGUCUUGGCCAGGGAGGGCUUGGAAAUGGUGACGCAAAUCACGGGGGUGCUGGACGGCACCAUUGUCAGCGCGGAACAGUGGUGCGAGCGCAUGGGGAAGCGCAGGCGGCCUGCCCACGACGGCGAUCAACCGGAAUCACCCGCCGCAGCGGCCGCGUUCAAUGACGACGUGAAGAUGGCUGCAUAA